AUGUGGACAAAAUUUCCAAAGCGUUAUUUGAUUGUCACUCUAACUUUCAUUAGCACAUGCAUUUGCUAUGUGGAAAGAGUGGGGUUCUCAAUUGCAUACACAGCAGCAGCUGAUGCUGCUGGUGUGAGCCAAUCAAGCAAAGGCACUAUACUCUCUACAUUCUAUUAUGGCUAUGCCUGUUCACAAGUCCCUGGAGGCUGGGCAGCUCAGAGAGUAGGAGGAAGGUGUGUUCUUCUCCUCUCAUUUGUGACAUGGUCUCUGACUUAUGCCUUUGUCCCGUUAGACCCGAAUCGCGUCACAAUGAUGGUUUUGGCUCGGUUGCUUGUUGGUGUGGCACAAGGCUUCAUGUUCCCUUCAAUCCACUCUGUUCUUGCUCAAUGGGUGCCUCCACAUGAGAGGUCUAGAUCUGUUUCUCUUACAACUUCUGGAAUGUACCUUGGUGCAGCUGCAGGAAUGCUUGUGGUUCCAAGCCUUGUGAAGUUGAGAAGCCCCCAAUUUGUAUUUUUGGCUGAAGCAACUUUAGGUACUAUAUGGUCUGUGGUUUGGUUAAACUAUGCUAGCAACCCACCUCAAUCUGAGCUUCCAAAAGCUACAACAGGUACUGGGUUUGGAGAAGUGUUGUUGCUAAUCAAAGGAGGUCAUGAAAAGAUCAAAGCGGAGGAUCGGGACGGACAAAAUUCUAAUAGAACAGAAAAUAUCCCAUGGAAGAGUAUUUUUGGGAGCUUACCAAUUUGGGCUAUUGUAGUGAAUAAUUUCACUUUCCAUUAUGCUUUGUACGUGAUGAUGAAUUGGCUCCCAACAUACUUUGAACAAGGCCUCCAGCUUAGUCUUCAGGACAUGGGGAGUUACAAGAUGGUGCCUUAUCUUAACAUGUUCAUAUUCUCAAACAUUGGUGGAGUGAUUGCUGAUCACUUGAUCACAAAGAGGCUCUUGUCGGUGACUGCAACCAGGAAGCUUUUGAACACUUCAGGGUUCAUAGUUGCUUCUCUUGCGUUGAUGGCACUGCCCAUUUUCAGAACUUCCCUUGGGGCUGUGAUUUGUUCUUCCCUGGCCCUUGGUUUCUUGGCACUAGGGAGAGCUGGGUUUGCAGUAAAUCACAUGGAUAUUGCUCCCAAGUAUGCAGGAAUUGUGAUGGGAGUGUCUAAUACAGCUGGUACUUUGGCUGGCAUAAUUGGGGUUGACCUCACUGGGAAGCUUCUAGAAGCUGCUAAGUUUGCUCAUUCGGAUCUUUCGAAUCUGGAAAGCUGGAGAUCAGUGUUCAUGAUACCAGGGGUGCUCUGCAUUUUCAGCUCACUUGGGUUUUUACUCUUCUCAACUGGGGAGAGGAUCUUUUGA